AUGAUAGGGAAUUUUGACGAAGAAGGGCGGACCGACGCGGCGAAAUGUAAGUUGCCUUAUUUUGUUAGCAUAUUUGAGUAAUUUCAGGUCUAAUUUUUCCUACCCGGCCAACUGCGGACACCAUACCUGAACUUGUUUUAACUUUUCAGGCCCAAUUGAUGUUCGACAUCAACAGUAUGUGAUCGCUACAGCAAUAAAUUCGGACGACUUUGUAAGUUAGAACUUUUUUUAAACAUUUUAGGUAUAAAACAAUAUAGAAUUUGGUCUCCACGGAUAAGAUCCCCGUGGCAGUUGAUGAAGCUGGAUCCAGCAAGGACAGGGAUAUUCACGACUUGUUGAAUGGGAAGUAA